UCGUCAUUCGAUUUACGUUCCUCGCUCGAAGUAGAAGCAGACGGCAUAGCAGAAAAGUAGAAGAGCAUCAUUACCGUCAUCAUCAUUGAAUCAACUCUCAACCGAGAAAGUGCAUCUGUGUUUAAUCAAAAACAAUCAACAUACCAGGAAACUGACGUACAGCAACAGCGAGCUGUGCAAAGUCAUUGAACAUCAUUGGAGGAUGAACAAGAAUGGACCCAUCUUGGCAGCUUCGCCGGCCAGGAGUAGCGCUUCUGCAAAUAUUAACCUGUUUCAGGAAAUCGUGAUUCGCCUGAUGCUCUUCGGCUUGUACGUCUACUUCGAGGUGCAGGAACCCUUCGUCCGGUUGAUCCAUCCGGAGGAAUGGUGGCUCUACAAAAAUCCCAUCACUCCGAGCUAUGUUCCACUGUCCUUGCUGUACCCGACGGUGUUUGGCCUGGUUGGUGUGGUCAUCAUCGGGUACUACAUUCGCAGUCGGGACUUCCACGAUUUCAAGUGCGCCUGGUUGGGCUUCUCUUUGGCCUGCACCCUAAAUGGAGCCAUAACCGACGUCAUCAAGGUGGCAGUCGGCCGACCGAGGCCGGACUUUUUCUACCGUUGCUUUCCGAAUGGAUUGGUGAAUGCGGAUAUGGUGUGCACCGGGGAUUCCGUUACGGUUAAAGAUGGACUCAAGAGCUUUCCCAGUGGGCAUUCUUCAUUUGCAUUCGCGGCUCUAGGCUUCCUGGCGUGGUACCUGAUUGCCAAGCUCCAUGCUUUCACCGAACGAGGCAGGGGUCAAUCGUGGCGCUUGCUGGUGGGAAUUUUCCCUCUGUUUGCGGCGUUGUUGGUAGCCAUCAGUCGUACCUGUGACUAUCAUCAUCAUUGGCAGGACGUGACGAUGGGUUCGCUGAUCGGUCUAUCCGUAGGCUAUCUCAGCUAUCGGCUAUAUUACCCGGCGGUGGAUUCGCGAUUUUGCUAUCUCCCGUAUUGCGGCGAGGUGGCAUCACCCAGCUCGAAUAGGAAACCCGUUUUCAAAACGGAGGAACUGACAAACGAAAUCGAAUCGGAUACAAAAAUGUUACUAGAAGACGAAGACAAGGAUAGCAAAUGAGCGUAAUCCGGCAGGAUUGUUCUCUUUAAUCUAUUUUUAGAAGAAUGUAAAUCUGUGGUACUCUUUCCUUGAAACUUUCAUUGUGAUAUGAG